AUGCCGCAUGCCCCGCGCUGCGCCCCACGCCCCACGCCCGAGGCCUACACCUUGGGCGCCAACUUUAAAUAUGCAACGACGCUAUACGCCGCGCACCCACCCACCCCACGAAGGAAAGAAGCGAGGAAGACGGCUAGAGCAACGAUGGUUCCGGUGGCUACAACAAGCAGUCCGCAACUUCGAUCGCCUUCCAUGCAUCCGAGCCGUCGUACUCCACCGCACUCGAUUCAUAUAUCUCGCAUCUGCAUCCUCCACGCGUCCCGCGCGAAGCAUCGUCGAUCCCCAGACUGGGCACGCAGCCGCCCGCCACGCACGAGCUCCAGUAUCGCUGAUGGGCCUGGGCGUGUGCAGACGCCCUCGGCCGGGAGAACGACGGCGAUGCACGAAACCCUGUCUGGUUCGCGGGUUCUCGAGCGCUCGCUAGAUACUGGACGUCAGCCAGACGGUGGAACUGGGGCCCCUCCAAGCGGCAGAAACACAAGCGAGACCAGGUUCCAUGGGCGUCUGGCGCCCAAUCUUAGUGGCCCACUGCCAGCCGACACCCCCAUAGCGAGCACAGCGUACACACAGACUCCGGCGCUUGGCGAGCGCCCGGCUAGCUAG